AUAAGCUCUAUGCCCUGACCUUGAGUGGUACGCUCACAUUGUUUUCAUUUGUACCUUCAAUACACUCGAAGGCGUCCAAUUCUGAAGUCUGCAUUUCGAGCAUCGCUCUCGACCUUUGAUCUCUAUCAGGCGUCUUUCCCGUUUCCAAUUGUGGAUGCUCUAGCAGCGAAUUCCAAGUUCAAGAUGAAUCCGGACAAAAAUAUUUCACAACACCUCGAAAGUUCUCAUUCGGCUGGGUACGAUGGAAAAGUGGAUGCACCGUCAAAGUCCGAGGCGAAUCCCGUCAUGCUCCCCUACCACGGAUCCGACACGGUUGACGGGCUAUCGCCAGAGCACCGGGAAUAUCUUCUACGGGUUCAUGGCACGUUGGAUCUCGACCCCAUCCCAGCCAUGGACGAUGCCGACCCUUACAACUGGCCAUUAUGGAAGAAAACGACCAACCUCGCCCUUGUCAGCUUUCAUGCAAUGAUGGCGACCUUCACAGCCGGAGCCAUCCAGUCCGCCUUUUUUGAAAUCCACCUGGACCUUGGUGUCUCGCUCCAACGGGCCAGCUACUUGACUUCUCUUGUCAUUGCCGUCCUCGGUGGUGCACCUCUGUUUUGGAAGCCCUUGGCCGAUCGAUACGGACGUCGUCCCAUCUUCCUAUUGUCACUGGUAUGCAGUCUUGUAGGUAAUAUUGGGUGCGCUAAGAGCCCCUCCUAUGCCACCAUGGGUUUGUGUCGAGCCAUCACAGCAUUUUUUAUCAGCCCUGCGCUUGCCAUUGGUAGCGGCGUCGUCGCCGAAACAUUUUUCAAAAAGCAACGUGGUCGGUACAUUGGUAUCUGGACAAUUAUGGUUACCAUGGGAGUGCCCGUAGCGCCCUUUAUCAUGGGUUUCGUGGCCUACCGAGUCAACUAUCGCUGGAUCUACUGGAUUCUUGCCAUUGGACGGUAUUGGAAGCUAGGCGGAAGCUCACAUCUAAUGCAGAUAAACGGCGUCCAGUUCGUGCUUUACCUGUUUUUCGGACCCGAAACCCGCUACAUCAGACGUACCGAUGCAAAUGGCAUCCCGACGAAUGCUCCAUCGUCGGCUGUGAAGCGAGAGUACCUCUCCUUUGGCCGGAUCGAUCCCGCCCCUCUUACUAUCUGGGACUUUCUUCGACCACUAGCGAUGGCCGGCCAUGUUUGUAUUAUGGUCCCUGCCGCCACUUACUCCAUGGUGUUUCUGAUCGCAGGUGUUCUUCCCACCAUUGAGGUGCCGCAAAUCUUCGUCGAGAAAUUUGGGCUCAAUACCCAGCAGAUUGGUUUGCAAAACCUUUCUUUUAUCGUCGGCGCAAUUUUAGGAGAGCAAAUCGGCGGCUUUCUGUCUGACAAGUGGAUGCUGCGGCGUGAAAGACGCGACCUAAAGCGCCCCGAGCCAGAGUAUCGCCUGUGGCUGAGCUACAUUGGCUAUCUUCUCUGCGUCUGCGGCGUGGUUGUCUUCUUGGUUCAGAUUGGCAGAGCAUCAGACAAAUGGAACAUCACCCCCCUGGUUGGAGCUGCUAUUGGUUAUGCUGGGGUGCAGAUCGUCACAACCGUCAUGAUCACCUAUGCCGUCGACUGUUAUCGCGAGGAAGCCGCAUCAGUCGGUGUAUUCAUCACCUUUGUCAGACAGACCUGGGGCUUUAUUGGUCCUUUCUGGUUUCCUCCCAUGAUCCAGAACGUUGGCCUGUACGGCUCCGCAGGCAUCGUCACCGCCCUCAUCGUCAUCGGCAGUAUCAUGCCAACCGUACUCCUUCAGUGGAAAGGACGAUCUUUUCGCAAUGCGAAGUGA